AUGAAUUUCAGUGAAAUAUACUGCACCGGGCCCAUCUUGCAUCAGGUGCAGACCGCCAAACUGUUUGAUGAUGAUAAAUACUUUGUUGACAUGAAACUGAGGGAAACUCCUGACGUUGUUUUGUCUGCUUUUCGCAACCUUUCAAAUGAAUCUCCAAACAACACCGUCCCGCCUGCUAAACUGCAGGAGUUCCUCAGUAAUUACUUUGAGAAACCAGGGACAGAGUUUGAGUCAUGGACACCACCGGACUGGCAUACCAAGCCAAAGUUUCUAGGAGGAAUAGCAGACCAACAACUACGUAACUGGGCUGCAAAAAUCCAUAAUCUGUGGAAAUCCCUCGGCAGAAAGAUCCGCACAGGUGUCAAAGAUCACCCCGAGCUCUACUCGCAGAUAUACACCCCGCACCCUGUUGUUGUGCCUGGGGGGCGCUUCAGGGAGCUCUACUACUGGGACUCCUACUGGGUCAUCAACGGCCUCCUGCUGUCAGAGAUGACAGACACGGCACACGGGAUGAUUCAAAACUUCCUCUACCUUGUCAACAGAUAUGGAUUCAUUCCAAAUGGUGGUCGGAUUUACUAUGAAAGGCGCAGCCAGCCUCCAUUCCUCACUCUAAUGGUGGAGAGCUACUAUCGAGCUACCAUGGAUAAAGAGUUUCUCAGAGCAGCUUUGCCCGCUCUGGAGCAGGAGUACCGCUUCUGGAUGCAGAACCGCUCUGUGGCUGUGACGCUGAACGGGGCUGAGCAUGUACUGAACCGGUAUCAUGUGCAAGUGGGCUCCCCCAGGCCUGAAUCGUACACAGAUGAUCUGGAAUUAGCUGAAGGACUUACUGAAGGCGACCGAUGCCCCGACAGCUACCGUCCGAACGACUCCAGAGCGGAGGCAGGCGUAACUCCGUCCUUACCGGAGCCGGUGCGCUGGUGCAGCAGGUGGUCAGGCGCUGGCAUAUUUUACCGGGUGACGUUCAACUCGCACCGAGCCAGUCCACUACUGUUUUGGUCGGGUCGGUGCACCGGGGAGUCACGUCUCGGACUUGGUCAGAUGAGGAGCUUCAACCGCUACACACCGGUCACCCAACAUGCAGAGAGACCGACGGUAACCAGCGACUGCUGUGGCCAUCGUGAUAGAAUACUGUGUCGCCCGGUCUCCGGUGAGGAUGGGACGCGUGAUGUUUGA